GUGACAUCGAGCCCGUGACGUCACGUCCCCUCCCACGGAGAAACUCGACACUGCGUUGCCGCCGCCGCCGCCGUUGCUGCAGAACGUGGACGUGGAAGUGGACGGGGACCGAACUACUCGGAGGGUCGCCGCGGUCCGGCCCGAUGAAGACGGGAUUAGCUGCCGGUGGACGACUGACUGGAGAGUGAAGGCGCCUGAGGACCCCUCCAACCAAGACCAGGAAGCACAGAGGCGAGGAUGGCAGAUAUAGGAGCCACCCUUGAUGAUUGUGUGGAGGACGGAGAUAACCUGCAAGGCUCAGCAUCAACGCCAAAACAAGACGGACGUCAUGCCCAGUGGGAGGCUCCAGAUGGGGGUUGGGGUUGGGUGGUGCUGGGAGCCACUGUCCUUGUCCAGGCCUUAACACUGGCCUUCCCCUCCUGCCUGGGUAUCUUCUACACUGAUCUACAGACUACUUUCCAAAGCAGCAACAGUGAGACCUCCUGGGUACCCUCCAUAAUGACUGCGCUGCUGCAUGCUGGAGGUCCUUUCUGCAGCGUGCUGGUGGAGCACUUUGGUUGCCGGAUUACGGUGAUGCUGGGAGGUGUCCUGAGUGGUUUGGGAAUGGUGGCCAGUUCCUUCACCACCACCAUUAGUGAGCUUUACAUUACCACGGGGAUCAUCACAGGGUUGGGCUUCUGUUUCAGCUUCCAGCCAGCCGUGACAAUACUUGGCCACUACUUUGUACGCCGACGUGCCUUUGCCAAUGCGGUGUCAUCCACGGGUACUGCCAUCGGCCUUUCUACCUUGCCCUUCCUCUCGCACUUCCUCCGCAGCGAGCUGGGCUGGAGGGGGAGCUUCCUGGUGCUCGGUGGAAUUCUGCUGAACUGCUGUGUGUGCGGGUCUGUGAUGAGGCCUGUGGGAGGCCCACGACAUAAAGGCCAUGGCACAGCGAAGACAGAGGAGGCGGAGUCCGAGGGCCAACCACGUGACGAAAAGCUGGGGACCAGGGUAGUGAUGGUCCUGCGGAGUUUGAUGGCCUCCAUUCGGCGCCACCUGGCUUUUGACGUGUUCUGUGGCAACGUGCGAUUUCGCAUCUACUCUCUGGGCAUCACCUGGAUGAUGGUGGGCUUCAUGGUGCCCCUGGUGUACCUGGUGCCUUAUGCCACGGCCAAUGGCAUGGAGAAGAGCCGCGCGGCGCUGCUGCUCACCAUCCUGGGCUUCGUCAACAUCUUUGUGCGGCCGAUGGCCGGACUGCUCUUUGGCCUGCCCUGGUUCAAGGGCCGCCACGUCUACAUGUUUUCCGCUGCCCUGCUGGUCAACGGGCUAAGCAACAGCAUCUGCUGCGUGUCGGCCAGUUUUCCUGUGCUGCUGUCCUACGUGGUGGUCUAUGGCCUGUCCAUGAGUGUUGUGGGCGCAUUGCUCUUCACAGUGCUGAUGAAUGUGGUGGAAAUGAGCCGCUUCCCAGCGGCCCUUGGCCUGCUGUGUGUGAUGGAGAGCAUCACCCUGCUCCUCGGGCCGCCCCUUGCAGGGAUCGUGGUGGACAGCACCGGCCAGUACAGUCACGUCUUCUAUGUGUGCAGUGCCGCCGUGGCCUCAUCCGCCAUCUUCCUCAUGGUGUCCUUCUGCUGGCUGGACUAUACACAGGCAAAGAGCUCAGGUCCUCUCAGAUCACCCGCCCACAAGCCCGCCAUCAUCCUGUCCGACUGCCAAGAUGGUAUUGGUGUGCAGAAGGUGGAGGCAUCCCAGCCGAUGGAGACAGCGUUCGUCACUGUUGCCUGAUCCAUGCAUAGUGUCUAGAUGGACCGUGAUGUCUCCGUCCUUUGCCGAGUGCUUGCGGGACGUCUGGGUAGCAACCAAAGCAGGCUGACGCACACCGAUGGGGGAUGGCACAGUGCCUUAACGCAGCUUUUAGGAGCAAGUUUUAGGAAGCUGUAGGUUUGAUUCACGUGCAGUCCAGAUUUUUCCUCGUGUCUCACUCCUUCUGUCCUUAUUUCACACAGUUCAGGUCGAUUCUGGUUGCAUUACCAGGAUAAUUCACGCAAGAAAAAGGCCCAAGUGCGAGCAGCAAUGUGCAAAUCAGCAUCAGCAUCAGCUGCGGCAUCAUUACCUCACACUGGUAAACACUCUAAAAUAAAGAUUUUGACAAGACUACAAUAUGAAUUACACUAAUACCUCCAUUAGCGCUACCUCCUGUGGUGCUGUCUCACUAUGGCGCUCUUUCAUUUUAGCCCUCUGUGUACUUUAUCAUAAUACACCAUAUUUUAAAAUAUUUCUGAAAAAUAUUUCAGAGAAAUUUUUUUUGGAGUUUGUUCUUGUUGUCCAGAAAAUACACUGUUUUUGUGUUUAUGUAUUGUUAUUAAAGGUAUAACUAUUCUGCAGAGUCCUGUAUUUCACAUUGUGUUGUUCAUGCACAGUUUUGAAGUUCCAGAACACAAAUAAGCACAGAAUCCCGUCGGACACAACUUCACAAACCCUCAGCACCUCCUUCCCGCCCAGCCCCUUGGAAAUUAAGAAUAGAAGAAAGGAAUAAAAGGACACCGUGUAUCACACCCACCUUGAGCGUCUCCCAGGGGGAUCCCAUGCCAUAUGUAUAUUUCAGAUUUAAAUAACCUGUAACUGCGCACAUUUCCAUUUAUACAGUAUAAAUCUACCGUAUUAAUGACCUUUUAUAACACUGUUCCAUUUAGCGUCGUACUUUGCAAGAACACACGUUGAGCGCUAAUGGAGCUAUUAGUGUAAUAAAUAGUGUCAUGCCAUAAAAAUAUCAACAACACAACUACAAUCAAUAUAACUUUUUAUAUGGAAUAUAUUAAAUGUUGACCUAGAGAAAUAAUAUAUAAGAAAACCUGUGACUUUCUGUUAUUGACGCUGUCAAAAAACAGUGGGAAAUGUUUUUUUCUGACCUUUCCCACUUUGGACCUAUUGUGUGAUUUGACUUCUUGCAGGUAGUGAGUUUGCUUGUGUUGGCAUGAUCACUGUUACAGAGCAAAGAAUGUCCUGUUGUUUUCCAGUGCCUUCCAGGGUAUCAAAGCUACAUUUUGUGUUUGUUUUGCACCAAACAGAAUUCUUGGUUUUAAUUUCAUAUCUGACUGAUGUAUGUUUUUAUAGCACUUUUACAUUGUGUAGGUAAUAUUAGUAAUGUGUACAAUCACUAUGUACAAGACCACCUGAUUCAGGACAAUGUAAACACAACUUCUCAACAACUAACAAGUACAGGAGCUGAACUUUUCUGUGGACAUUUCAAGUUUUGUGUGUA